AUGAAGACGGCGUUCCUCCUCCUCACUCUCUCGGCGGCCGCCACCGCCACGUCGCAGCAGCAGUUCAAGGUCUGCAAGACGCACGAGGACUGCAACCAAGGCUUCUUCUGCCGCCCCACGGACGACAAGACGUUCGCCAUGUGCCAGCCCGGCGCCCGCCCGUCUUCGGGGCCGACGACCGCGCCCAAGCCCUCUGAUGCACCCAAGCCCGCGCCCGCUUCUGGCAACGGCAAGCAGUACGAUCCCUGCACGAGCAACGCGAGCUGCGGCAAGGGCCUCUUCUGCAAGCAGACCGACAAGCCGCUCGACGGCAAGUACUUCUCCAUGUGCCAGCCCAACGAAGGCUGCGCCAAGCUCUACGGCCAGUGCGGUGGCAAGGGCUUCUCCGGCCCGAGCUGCUGCGGCAACAACAACGCGUGCAAGCACCAGGACGAGUGGUACGCGCAGUGCGUGCCGGCGAGCCAUGCGAUGGCGUCGGAGGCUUCGUGCACCAACGUCAGCGUCGAGGGCGAUGCCACGUACUGCAUUGAGGGUGCGAUCUGCGGCGGCGCCGGCGACAAGUGCCCGAAGAAGGGCGAUGUGGCGGUUGCUGACUGCAUCAAGACGCUGAAGAGCUACGCGGACGGCGCCAAGUGCGUGGCGCCGGUGGACGCCACGUGCCAGACGAUCAAGACGGGCGCGAAGGGCUGCGUGUUUGGCGCGUCGGCACCGGCUGGCCCGACGCAGGCCCCCGCCGCCACGACGGCUGCCCCUGCUGCUACGACGGCGGCCCCUGCUGCUACGACGGCGGCUCCUGCUGCCACGACGGCGGCCCCGGCGGCCCCACGCAGGCGCCCACGAGCGGCCAAAGAACGACUACCUCUCGCUCUGCGAGCCCAAGAGAAGGCCAUGGACGCCGAGGUCGGCUCGGUCGCUGUCUGGCAGCAGUGCGGCGGCAACGGCUACAACGGCGACAAGUCGUGCACGGGCGGCAACAGCUGCGUCAAGAUCAACGACUGGUACUCGCAGUGCCAGCCCAACGCGACGCCGGUCGACAAGUUCCCGACGUGGGCGCAGUGCGGCGGCCGCAACAACAACUUCCAGGCCAACGGCAAGUCGUGCCGUGACGAGGACAAGUGCGAGAAGUAUAACGACUUCUUCUCGCAGUGCAUCCCCAAGUAA